GACAAAUACAAAACACAAUUUCUUGAGGAACUCUCGGUCUUAGACAUAAAGUGAGGGCCUCGUCCAUCUGCUCCAGAAGGAGAAAGGAACCUAUGGAGCCAGGGAUCAGCUGCAGCUGAAGUACAGUGCUUCUGUCGCCCCCUCGCGGUGUGACGAGGAAUCGCGCAGCAGCUUUUGUAGUUUCACUUUUCUCCCGUAACGCGCGACGGUCUCUCUGGAGUGAGAGAGAGAGAAACAUUUCUCCCCAAGCAGAUGGCAGAGCGGGGCAGGGCGGUGAGAGUGAGCGGCCUGCCCACCGACGUGGAGGACGACAGGCUGAAAGACAAGCUGCUCAUCUACUUCCUGAGGGCCAGGAACGGAGGAGGGGAAGUGGAGUCCGUCACCGUCGUCAGGGCGACGCCCGCCUCUGCCCUCAUCACCUUCGAGGAGAGCGAAGCGGCACAGAGGGUCGUUCGACAGAGCCCGCACACUCUGGACCUGGACGGGAAGACGUACGAACUCGUCGCCACCGAGCAUCACGAGAGCCUGGACCCAGACCAGGUCAUCCUGAGUUUGACAGCGUCUGUCAACUGCAGCCAGCUCCCCGGGGGCAUGUUGACGGUGGAGAGCCUCCACGGGAGCCACCCGGACGUCCAGAUCAACUACGACGCCGAGGAAAUCUGCACGUUGCUCGGCGAGUACUCCAAAGUCCAGGCCGCCUUGGCUCAGUUGCUCGGCCCGCACUCAGCGGACGGACACUCGCCAGGUCGACUCGACCGCACCGGCUCCACGUCGGCUCAGACCGACAGGAAGUCUCUCGUUGUUCACAGCGGGAAACCUAACAGGCCACGGGCACAGAGCGAGGCGGCUCCCGGUGCCAAACCGCCUGACGAGCACAACCCGAGCUCGCGCGGCGACCCGACGCCUAGUGGCUAUGGCGGUGCAGACGCCGGCCAGGCCGCGGGCGCAGGUGCGCAGCCUCCCGCCGCACCGGACGAGAACUUCUCCCUGAUCGUGGACGCAGACAUGUUCCAGUAUGUGCGGAAACACCGCUCGAGGGAGUACCAGUACGUCCUCGGCCUGUACGACGUGGAGGUGGUGGACGUGACGAGCCAGGGGCUGACCACGCUGUUCCUGCAGGUCGCAGCAGGAGUGAUGGAGUGCAGGAGGGCGGAGCAGGGGCGCCUGGAGUCGGCGCGCAAGGCGCUGAGUAGGUUUUACCAGGAGAACGAGACCAAGAUCUGUCGGGCUCAGCUCGCCAAGGGCGUCCUGUCCCCCGGCGGAGGGCUGCAACGGGGGGCGAUAGAGGGCUUGAACGCCAGACUCCCCAAGCUUCUUCUGAACGAAGACGACACAAAUAUUUACAUCGUCGGGAGCAUCGGCGACGUGUCCGAAGCCAAGCGAUUCCUCCUCCUGGACCACGACAAGGUGAGGGCUACCAAGGACGACGUGGCCAGCCUCUUCAGUUACCCAGCGUAUGACCCGAGCUCCUUAGCCCCUGCCGACGCGGCGAGCGCCGUCACCGCGUCCCCCGCCGAGGGCCGCCUGAGCGAUGGGCGGGAUCAGCUGCUGAGGUCGGAGGAUGACGAGAGGAGAGCUGCUGAGGGAGCCAGAAGGUGGGAACUGGAAGCUCGGUUUAAGGAUUUGGGGCUGGCCGCGCUAGGCGCUCGACCGACCGACUUCACCCUGCGCCCUGGGCCCUCGUCUCCGAGCAGGCAAGCGCGCGCUGGGCCAAUGUUGGGGCACGACGUGCUCUCAGAAACAACAGGGCUUCCCAGAGACAGGGUCCCCAGGGCAGAAUCCCAAAUCACCGGAGGGGACAUCUUGUUCAAAGGCGGAGUUGUGCAUUCGCCUGCCUCCGCCACGCAGAACAAAGUCUCCUUGAACUCGAAUUGUUUGGACGCCGCACCCAAGAAUUUGACGCCCAGCCUCAGCACCGCUGCGCCCAGUUCGCCGGGAAGCCCCGCGCGUCCGCCCGCAGAGUCGGGGUCCACCCUGAGGCGGGCCAGUAGCUUUUCGGGAACCCCCCAGCAGAAGGCUCAGGCGACGAGUCGGAAGAGCCACGACGACUCCGGCAGGUCCACAUCGAGAGCCAGGUCUUCCAGCGUCAGCAUGCAAACGGGGAGCGACAGGCGGGACGUCUCCAACGCAGAGAUUACAGUUUCCAUAAUAAUGUGGCAGCACAUUAAAGACGCCUACAGCAGCCGCGUGAAAGACCUGACCGCCGACGACGUCCAGCUGAAAGAAAGCCGGCGGGAGGGCGGCGACCAUCUGACCGUCUCCUUGAGUGGGACCAACCAGUCCAAGGUCAGUUCGUGUCACCUGGGUCUACAGACGCUGGUGGAGUCGGUCGGCGCCGACUUCUCCGUGCAGGUGCUGCUCCUGUCAGAGCUCGGCGUCACCGGUCCGAAAGACGAAACCCUCAAGGCGUGUUGUGCGGACGUGUGCAACCGCUAUAAGAAGAUUAGCAUCCUGAUUCUGAAAAAGAGAUUACUCCUGCUGGGUCCGGAACAGCUGUGUUCGCGGGUCGGCGCCACACUGCGGGAGGUAUUUUCUACGGAAUUGGCCCAAACGCCUCAACAGCAGGACUUCUCUCCCUCGUCCGCCACCGGCGGGAGUCUGUCCGCGUCGUUGCAAGUGAACGAGGAGCACAGAAGUUUGCCGCGCGGCAACAGCAGCUCUCAGGCGACGGCCGGAAGCCAGGCGGGCCGCGCCGAGGAGGUCGACGGCGGUGACCCGGAACGGGCAGCGCACCAUGAGCGGGACUCGUGCGAGGCGGAGCCCGUGAACGGACCCGUCGAUCCGCCGCCGCCGCCGCCGAGGAAAAACCCCGUCCUCAAGGAGAAAGUGAAAAGCAGGAGCACAGACGGGCUGGAGACACUCUUCAUCCCCCCGGCGGCGGGGAGCGCGACGCGCGGCAACGGCGUGGGCUCGUCGACCGUCCACACCGAUGGAGCCGCGGCGGCUCCCAAAAAAGAGAGAGCCACCCAAAAGGACGGUGCGCCGCAAAGAAGAGCGGAGGUCCAGGCCCCGGCGGGGGAAUCCAGGUCGGGUCCGAGGGACCUGGGCUACAUCUGCGUGUGCGGGGACGACGGCGCGUCGGCGGUGACGACCAAGUGCGGGGCGAGCAUGUGCUCGAAAUGUCUGGACACGGUGCACGUCCACUGCAGGGUGUGUCACGUGCCCGACGACCGGGCGCCGCGCGGCAUCCGCGGCGAAAUGAGCCACUUCAAGCUCCACAAGGAGGAAGCCGCCCUCAAGGUCACGUACUGCAUUCCCGAAGGCAUCCAGGGGAAGGAUCACCCAUCUCCCGGGAGCCCGUUUCACGGCGGCGUGUUCGACGCCUUCCUCCCCGACUGCGAGAAGGCGGUCAAGCUGCUGCCCAGGCUGGAGAAGGCCUUCCGGCGGGGACUCACCUUCACGGUGACGGGCAAAGAGGCGGGGGCCAGGGUCACCUGGGACCGCAUCCCGCACAAGACCAGCCUGCAGGGGGGCGAAUCAGGGAACGGUUACCCCGACCCCACCUACCUGACCCGCUUGUCUCAGGUCUUGACCUCCCAUGGGAUUGAAGAGGAGCCGGAUUCCAAAUCUCAAUAAUAAUAAUUUUAAUAAACAGCAUUGGAGAUGCUGUUAUGAAGUUUUCUACACUUUUAAAGAUAAUAGAGUUAUACCUCUCAUUGCAGCUAUUUUGUAUUUUU